UUAUCCUCAACGAAGAUCACGGCGGGGUUUGCUUUUGAGAUUAAAUAAAAAACAUAAGGACCAAACUGGUUUCAGCAGCAACAUCAAAUGGGAAAAAACCAAGACGGCGAAUAUGUUUUCUGUUACCAUGACAGGCAUUCCAGAAAAAGAAUAUUACAUUGGAAUAGAUAAAGAAUGUAAGCCUUGCUUAGUUGACAUGUUAACUAUGACGUGUGUAACAUCUUCUCAAACAGCUGAAAGGUUUCUUGUGAAUCCAGAUGAAUUUGAAAAUCUUGAAUGGAAGAAAAUUGAAUUUUUAAAAUCGCUACUUUUCCCAGUUGAGACCUGCAAAGGAUUGAUUAUCGCUCGAAAUAAAAAUGACUUAGGUUACAUUAAAGCAAACAUUUUAAAAUCUUUUGGAAGCUAUGACGAAUUCCUUUCCCUGAACCAUGGUGAUAUUAAAGAGGAAUACCUGUCAAAUAUUGAAUUUAAUGUUACAUUACUUCACAGAAAUAAAAAACCAGACUUAUUUCGGAAUUUAACCAUUGUUAACAACAACUGUGAAGUAAUGAAACAGCAGGUGAAGAUAGACAAUAACUUUGAAGAAACAUCUACUUAUGAAGUCGGUAACACUUUGCUAAUUGGAGGGUCAGUUGGAUUUAAAAUUCUAGAUAUAGAUUUGGGUCUAAAGGUAGAACAUACUUCCACUGAAACCGAAACUAAAUCAAAUAUUAAGAAAAAUGAUUACGGGUACGUUCAGGAUUUAGAAAUCCCACGCCUCAGUUCUUGUACUUUAGUAAUAAACAGCAACGUCCUUGUAACCAGUGUCCCAUUUACCGCUGACCUCACUAGAGUAUUCAACAACUACGAGACACGCACAACCUCGAUCAGCGGCAAUUACACUUACGAGAAGUCAGCAGAAGUUAAAACAAACUUCGAGAACUGUGUCAAGCUUCAUGGUGAAUGUAAACCUUAACAAUUUCUGUAAUGCAAAAUGAAUCUGUCAUACCUGUCAGAGUUCCUGAAAAAUCACCAUUAAA